CCCGGGUUCGCACUGCGGCUCCAGCCCGGGCGAGUUCUCGCCCCCGCGCGGCCGUUGCCGAGGAGACGGCGCACGUCUCGCCGAGCGUUGCCCCCCUCUGCAGUUCCCCCGCCCCUCUUCUCCCACCACAAUGAGGUCCUAAGAUGGCGGUGGCUGCGGCGGUUGGCGCCUAGUAGCUAAUGUAGAGAAGGCGGCCAUUGGGCUCUGGACAGUCAGGGAACUUGUGGGCCUCCCGGCCGCGGUCUUCGAGGAAGAACCGCUGCUCAGCGGCGGCUCCAGUGGGGGCCGACUGCCACUCCGCCCUCGGCAGGAGGGGCGCCUUCGUUUACAGAGAGUUAAUUAUUAAAGCCAACAUGGCCACAGGAGGAGGUCCUUUUGAAGAAGUCAUGCAUGAUCAGGACUUACCAAAUUGGAGCAAUGAGAGUGUAGAUGACCGACUCAACAAUAUGGAGUGGGGUGGCCAACAGAAGAAAGCCAAUAGAUCAUCAGAAAAGAAUAAGAAAAAGUUUGGUGUAGCAAGUGAUAAGAGGGUAACUAAUGAUAUUUCUCCGGAGUCAUCACCAGGAGUUGGAAGGCGAAGAACAAAGAUUCCACAUACGUUUCCUCACAGUAGAUAUCUGACUCAGAUGUCUGUUCCAGAGCAGGCAGAAUUAGAGAAGCUUAAACAGCGGAUAAACUUCAGUGAUUUAGAUCAGAGAAGUAUUGGAAGUGAUUCUCAAGGUAGAGCAACAGCGGCUAACAACAAACGUCAGCUUAGUGAAAACCGAAAGCCCUUCAACUUUUUACCUAUGCAGAUUAAUACUAACAAGAGCAAGGAUGCUACUCCAAGUCUUCCAAAGAGAGAAGCGACUGCAUCAGCGCAAUGCAAAGAGCUGUUUGCUUCUGCUUUAAGUAAUGACCUUUUGCAAAACUGUCAAGUCUCUGAAGAAGAUGGGCGAGGAGAACCUGCAAUGGAGAGCAGCCAGAUUGUAAGCAGACUUGUUCAAAUUCGUGACUAUAUUACAAAAGCUAGUUCUAUGAGAGAAGAUCUUGUAGAGAAAAAUGAAAGAUCUGCUAAUGUUGAGCGCCUUACUCAUCUAAUAGAACACCUUAAAGAACAAGAAAAGUCAUAUAUGAAAUUUCUCCAGAAAAUCCUUGCUAGAGAAAAUGAGGAGGAGGAUGUUCGGACUAUAGACUCAGCUGUGGGAUCUGGUUCUGUAGCUGAGAGCACAUCGCUAAACAUAGAUGUGCAGUCUGAGGCUUCAGAUACCACGGAGGCAUCUUUUAGUCUGAGAAUUCGGCCCUGCAUUGAGGACAAACUAGGGAAUUCAGCUUCCCAAGAACAGGUUUCAGACAUUGACGUUACUACAAGUCCAAAAGGGAAAGGUGGCAGAGCUCCUCAGAAUGACAGGGAACUGAAACCUGAUAGGAAAUAUAGCCGAAAACGUGGAUUUCCCUCAAAGGCCAGAGAUCAUCAACAGGAGCCUUUAGAAGAGACAGAAAAUUUGAAGAAACAACAUGAUUUAUUAAAAAGAAUGUUACAACAGCAGGAGCAGCUGCGAGCUCUACAGGGACGGCAAGCUGCUCUUCUAGCUUUGCAACAUAAAGCAGAGCAAGCUAUAGCGGUGAUGGAUGAUUCUGAAAAAGUUGCAGGAUCAACUCCUGGCUAUCAUACUGUACCGUGCAGACAGACAGCUCGCUCUCCUUUUCAUCAGAGAGUACCUUUAAGAGUUGUUACAGAAACUACAGGAAGCUUAUCUGGAGUCAGCAUCACAUCUGAACUAAAUGAAGAACUGAAUGAUUUAAUCCAGCGUUUUCAUAAUCAACUUCGUGAGUCUCAGCCUCCCACUGUUCCAGACAACAGAAGACAGGCAGAGAGCCUCUCAUUAACUAGAGAAAUUUCUCAGAGCAGAAAUCCCCCAGUUUCUGAACAUUUACCUGAUGAGAAAGUCCAGCUUUUUAGUAAAAUGAGAGUACUGCAGGAAAAGAAACAGAAAAUGGACAAGUUACUUGGAGAACUCCAUACCCUUCGAGACCAGCAUCUGAACAAUUCAUCAUUCGUGCCUUCAACUUCUCUCCAAAGAAGUGGAGAUAAGAGAAGUUCAGCUGUAACUCUCUCUGCUCCUGUAGGCUUUGCACCAGUUGUCAAUGGAGAGUCCAAUAGCCUUAUAUCCUCUGUUCCUUGUCCUGCGACUUCUCUGGUUUCUCAGAUUGAGAGUGAAAAUGAAGGUCAUCUAAAUCCAGCUGAAAAACUACAGAAGUUAAAUGAAGUUCAAAAGAGAUUGAAUGAAUUGAGAGAAUUAGUUCAUUAUUAUGAACAAACAUCAGAUAUGAUGACAGAUGCUGUAAAUGAAAAUACAAAAGAUGAAGAAACUGAAGAGUCAGAAUAUGAUUCUGAGCAUGAAAAUUCUGAACCUGUUACUAACAUUAGGAAUCCACAGGUAGCCUCCACCUGGAAUGAAGUGAAUAGUAACAGUAAUUCACAGUGUAUUUCUAAUAAUAGAGACGGGAGAUCAGUUAAUUCUAACUGUGAAAUUAACAACAGAUCUGCUGCCAACAUCAGAGCUCUAAACAUGCCUCCGUUAGACUGUCGAUACAAUAGAGAAGGAGAACAGAGGUUGCAUGUAGCACAAGGUGAGGAUGACGAGGAGGAAGAAGUAGAAGAGGAAGGAGUCAGUGGGGCUUCAUUAUCUAGCCACAGGAGCAGUCUGGUUGAUGAGGCUCCAGAAGAUGAAGAAUUUGAACAGAAGAUAAGUAGACUCAUGGCUGCAAAAGAGAAACUUAAACAGCUCCAAGAUCUUGUUGCUAUGGUCCAGGAUGAUGACGCAGCUCAAGUGAGUGUCUCUGCCAAUACAUCAAAUUUGGGUGAUUUCUAUGCAGCAGCAGAAGAUACUAAACAAAAUUCAAAUAAUGCAAGAGAAAAUUCUAAUAAAACACAAAAAGACACUGGAGUACAUGAAAAAACAAGAGAGAAAUUUUAUGAGGCUAAACUACAGCAGCAACAGAGAGAGCUGAAACAGUUGCAGGAGGAAAGAAAGAAAUUGAUUGAAAUUCAAGAGAAAAUUCAAGCUGUGCAAAAGGCAUGCCCCGACCUUCAGCUCUCAGCCACUAGUAUAAGUAGUGGUCCCACCAAAAAGUAUCUCCCAGCUAUUACUUCAACUCCAACUGUUAAUGAAAAUGAGACCAGCACAAGCAAAUCUGUUGUUGAGCCUGAAGAGUCUUCAGUAGUGGAUAAUGAGUUGUGGUCAGAUAUGCGAAGACAUGAAAUGUUAAGGGAAGAACUACGACAGAGAAGGAAGCAACUUGAAGCUCUCAUGGCUGAACACCAGAGGAGGCAAGGGCUAGCUGAGGCUUCUUCUCCAGUGGCUGCAUCAUUGAGAAGUGAUGGAUCUGAGAACCUGUGUACCCCUCAGCAAAGCAGAACAGAAAAAACAAUGGCAACUUGGGGAGGUUCUACUCAGUGUGCAUUAGAUGAAGAAGGAGAUGAAGAUGGUUACCUUUCAGAAGGAAUUGUUCGGACAGAUGAAGAAGAAGAAGAAGAAGAGCAAGAUGCCAGUUCCAAUGAUAACUUUCCUAGUUAUCACCCUAGUAUAAAUCAAAAUUCUUAUAAUGUAAAGGAAACUAAAAAUAGGUGGAAGAAUAAUCGCCCUGUUUCAGCAGAUGGAAAUUAUCGUCCUUUAGCCAAGACAAGGCAACAGAAUAUCAGCAUGCAACGACAAGAAAACCUUCGAUGGAUAUCAGAGCUCUCUUACAUAGAAGAGAAAGAGCAGUGGCAAGAACAAAUUAAUCAGCUAAAGAAACAACUUGAUUUCAGUGUCAAUAUUUGUCAGACUUUGAUGCAAGACCAGCAGACUUUAUCUUGUUUGCUGCAAACUCUUCUAACAGGUCCUUACAGCGUUAUGCCAAGCAAUGUGACAUCUCCUCAGGUACACCUUAUAAUGCACCAGCUGAACCAGUGCUACACACAACUAACGUGGCAACAGAAUAACGUUCAGAGGUUAAAACAAAUGCUAACUGAACUUAUGCGUCAACAAAGUCAACAUCCAGAGAAAACUAGAAGCAAAGAAAGAGGCAGUAGUGCAUCACACCCCUCUUCUCCCAAUUUAUUUUGUCCUUUCAGCUUUCCAACACAGCCUGUAAAUCUGUUGAAUCUUCCUGGAUUUACUAACUUUCCAUCAUUUGCACAAGGAAUGAAUUUCAGCCCUUUAUUUCCUUCUAAUUUUGGAGAUUUUUCUCAGAAUGUUUCUACACCUACUGAACAGCAGCAACCAUUAGCCCAGAAUUCUUCAGGGAAAGCAGAGUAUAUGGCUUUUCCAAAACCCUUUGAAAGCAAUUCUUCUUUUGGAGCAGAAAAGCAAAGGAAUCAGAAGCAGCAUGAAGAGGAAGUUGAAAACACCAAGACACCAUGGUUAUAUGAUCAAGAAGGAGUAGUAGAAAAACCACUUUUCAAGACUGGAUUUGCAGUGUCUGUAGAGAAAACCCCAAAUAGUAACCGCAAAAAUCAACCAGAUACAAGCAGGAGAAGACGCCAUUUUGAUGAAGAAUCAUUGGAAAGCUUUAGCAGUAUGCCCGAUCCCAUAGAUCCAACAACAGUAACUAAAACAUUUAAGACAAGAAAAGCAUCUGCCCAAGCUAGCCUGGCUUCUAAAGACAAAACUCCCAAAUCGAAGAGUAAGAAGAGGAACUCUUCUCAGCUGAAAAGUAGAGUUAAAAAUAUUGCUGUCACUUUUUUUACCCGAGGGUAUGAAAGUGCCAGUGUGUCUAGCACAUGUGAACCUUGCAAAAGUAGGAACAGACAUUCAGCCCAGACUGAAGAGCCUGUUAAAGCAAAAUUAUUCAGCAGAAAGAAUCAUGAACAGCUGGAAAAAAUAAUAAAAUAUAGUAGGUCUGCAGAAAUAUCUUCAGCUUGUGCUAAAAUACUAGACCAAGCUAGCAAAUCUAACAGAAAUGCUUGUGAUGAAGCGCCAGAAACUGGAAGUGAUUUUUCCAUGUUUGAAGCUUUACGGGAUACUAUUUAUUCUGAAGUAGCUACAUUAAUUUCUCAAAAUGAGUCUCGUCCACAUUUUCUUAUUGAACUUUUCCAUGAGCUGCAACUGCUUAAUACAGACUACUUGAGACAGAGGGCUUUAUAUGCAUUGCAGGAUAUUGUUUCCAGACAUAUUUCUGAAAGUGAUGAAAAAGAAGGAGAAAAUGUAAAGUCCGUGAAUUCUGGUACUUGGGUAGCAUCAAACUCAGAACUUACUCCAAGUGAAAGCCUUGCUACUACUGAUGAUGAAACUUUCGAGAAGAACUUUGAAAGAGAAACACACAAAAUAAGUGAACAAAACGAUGCUGAUAAUGUGAGUGUCAUGUCCAUAUCUUCCAACUUUGAGCCUUUUGCAACAGAUGAUCUAGGUAAUACCGUGAUUCACUUGGAUCAAGCAUUAGCCAGAAUGAGAGAAUAUGAACGCAUGAAGACUGAGACUGAAAGUAACUCAAAUAUGAGAUGUACUUGCAGGGUCAUUGAGGAUGAAGAUGGUGCUGCUGCCACUACCACAGUCAGUAAUUUAGAAGUAGAAACUCCGAUUAUUGAGAAUCAUGUUUCGUCACAACCUAUAAGUGAUGUUUCUGCUGUCCCGUGUCCUAGAAUUGAUACUCAACAACUGGACCGCCAAAUUAAAGCAAUUAUGAAAGAAGUCAUUCCUUUUUUGAAGGAACACAUGGAUGAAGUGUGUUCUUCUCAACUUCUCACUUCAGUAAGACGUAUGGUUUUGACCCUUACCCAACAAAAUGAUGAGAGCAAAGAGUUUGUCAAGUUCUUUCAUAAACAACUAGGAAGUAUAUUACAGGAUUCACUAGCAAAAUUUGCAGGCAGAAAACUGAAAGACUGUGGAGAAGAUCUUCUUGUAGAAAUAUCUGAAGUGCUGUUUAAUGAGUUGGCUUUCUUUAAGCUCAUGCAAGACUUGGAUAAUAAUAGUAUAGCUGUUAAACAGAGAUGCAAAAGGAAGAUGGAAGCAGCUGGAGUGAUACAGUCUUAUGCUAAAGAGGCCAAAAGGAUUCUUGAAGGCGAUCAUGGCUCACCUGCUGGAGAGAUUGAUGAUGAAGACAAAGACAAGGAUGAGACUGAAACAGUUAAACAGACUCAGACUUCUGAGGCAUAUGAUGCCAAAGGUCCCAAAAAUGUAAGAUCUGAUGUUUCUGAUCAAGAGGAAGAUGAAGAAAGUGAAAUGUGUCCAGUGUCUAUUAAUCUGUCUAAAGCUGAAAGUCAGGCUUUAACUAACUAUGGAAGUGGAGAAGAUGAAAAUGAGGAUGAAGAAAUGGAAGACUUUGAAGAGAGUCCUGUGGAUGUUCAGACUUCACUUCAGGCUAACACUGAAACUACAGAAGAAAACGAACACGACAGUCAGGUUCUACAACAUGAUCUUGAAAAAACAUCAGAAAGUACAACUGUACCAUCAGACCAAGAACCAACUAGUAAGAAUGACCAAGACAGCUCUCCUGUGAAGCCUUGUUAUCUCAAUAUCUUGGAAAAUGGACAGCCUUUAAAUAGCACUGCCCAUAAGGACUCACGCACUACCACUGAUUCAUCUAAACAGCCAGACCCUAUGCCAUUACCCUUAACUGCAAGUGAAGCCGUAGUGCCUAGAGUCAAAGAAGUGAAAUCUGCUCAGGAGACUCCCGAGAGCUCUCUGGCUGGAAGUCCUGAUACUGAAUCUCCGGUAUUAGUGAAUGACUAUGAAGCUGAAUCUGGUAACAUAAGCCAAAAGUCUGAUGAAGAAGACUUUGUGAAAGUUGAGGAUUUGCCGCUCAAACUGACAGUCUAUUCAGAGGCAGAGCUAAGGAAGAAAAUGGUAGAAGAAGAACAGAAAAACCAUUUAUCUGAUGAAAUAUGUGAAAUGCAGACUGAAGAAUUAGCUGGAAAUUCUCAGAUACUGAAAGAACCUGAAACAGUGGGAACCCAGAGUAUUUGAACUGUCUUCAGGGACUCAUCUAACUCUCUUACAUAGUCAGUGCAUAUAAAAAGACACUAAAUAAAGCUGGGUUUUGAUCUGUAUAAAAUGUAAAUUAGUUUGACAAUGCAUUUUUGAUGGGUGUGCUAAUCUCUGCCCAUGGCAGUUUAAACAUCAGAAUCUGAAUCCUGGACAGAUUCAACCCUUGACACAUGGGAUUUUUCUUUUUAUUUUAUUAUUACUAUUAUUAUUAUUAUUAUUAUUAUUAUUAUUAUUAUUUGUUAUGAUCUUGACCCCUGCCCUUCAUUGUGAUGUUUGGUAUGUUAACUUUAAAAUGUAGUUUUAAAUAAAGUUUGAACUUAUCUGUAAA